UCUGAUCGAUCUGAACUUGUUAUUUUGGUGUUUAUUUCGUUUCAUUAAAUCAACGAUGUCUUCCCAGGGUUAAUGCAUUUUUCUUUUCAUUUAGGUCAUUUUAUUCCUUGCGUUUACUGUUAAGCAUAAAACUGCCGCAAGCUUAAGUCAAUGCUAAGGGGCGUAAAAGACCAGACUAAAUAAACAGAAUUUGCUAUUUUUACUUAUCUGUUGUUUGAUCUUAUUGCUCUGAAGGGAUCACUCCUUUCUAGAACGAUUCAAAUUAAAAUUAUUUCAAACGAAUUAAAGGACCUUAUUUUCUGAUUACUUAAAUCAGGCCAACUCAUAUUUCAACGAUGAGCACAAAAAGUAAACCAAAUAAUAUACUGCAAAUAGCCAUUGCAUGACAUACGGCUUUCUUCCUUCAUGUCACUUAUGGGUUUUUGUUUUAUAUUAUAUAGUUAUUGUGACUGCAACAAUAUGAUUGUGUACGCAUUCGUAAUAUUCUCACUGACCAGUGUUACAGUAAUUGCGAUAACACAACCAUGCAACGAGACAUACGUUGCCGAGAAUGGUCAUCAGUGUCUCCCAUGUGAUGCGGGACAUCAUAAAGUGUCUGACUGUAUUAUAGAUGGCACACAGUCUGAAUGUAGCCUUUGUAGGAAUGGGACGUACAUGCCAAGUUGUGACACUGCUCCGAAGUGUAUAACCUGUCGGUUGGAUUGUCCUGAUAAAAGGCAAGUCCAAGUGAAGACUUGCACGGACGUAAGUGAUAUAGAAUGCCAGUGUGAAAUAGGAUACUUUUGGAAACCUAGUGUUAUUGGUCCAAAUCACGGAGAAUGCAGGCCACAUCAAAAGUGCGAGGAAGGCCAUGGAGUUGUAGCAAAGGGUACACCAUCCUCCGAUACUGAGUGUGUGCCAUGUGAAAAUGGAUUUACUUACUCUAACAGCUUGUCCUUUGAAUCCUGCGUUCCGUGCUCGUCUUGCAACACCUUUAUAGAGACACAGUGCACAGCUUUUAAUAAUACUGUUUGCAAAGAACAGCAGCCCAAACCACAAAACGAGAAGUCUUCCGAUGGUCUAGAACCCGAAGCUAUUGUGGGAAUAGUAAUUGCGGUAGUAGCAGUUAUAGCUGUUCUUAUAGUUAUUCUUGUUAUCAGGAGGUGCAGAAAAGACAUUGAAGGUGAAAAGCCAGAAAAUGCUGAGCGGGGACUUGGCAAUGACUAUAGCCCGAGUCAUGUUGAUACAACUAAUACAGGACCUGGUUGUAGUUUUAGCCUUUCUCGUGAUACAACAACAAAUCACAAUACAAAUGACGAGAAAGCCACUCCAGCGUCUGGUGAAAGACAAAACGAUCCAGCUAAAAAUGGCACCGAUUCAUUCAUUAUAAACCAAGCAUUCGAUCCAGACUCAGAAGAUAAAUUGGAAAUGGAAAAAAGUAAAGGCCAAGAUGAAGUCAUAUUUCAACUGAAAACAUGAAA